AUGUCAAGUCCUCGAGGCGGGUCAAGCCCCGUAGAUAACGACGAUUCAAGGGAUCAUGCCAACUCCCCACGACCCGAUUCUAUGACCUCCUCGCACGCGAGCGGUCACGGUUCAGAGACCUGCCGUUGGAAAACAGCAGAGUUUUACUUCCAAGAAUGUUCCCGAUACUUCGACUGUCCAACUCACCUCGUCGAACGAGUCCUCUCCGAUUCGGACCAUGCAGACCAGAGUGAGCAAGGUGAGGCUGCUGGUCGUGGGGGAGAAGGAUCAAGUGCCCGUGUGCAGGUGAACGACAGCGAAGAUGCAUCUCGCGGGCCCUCAACCGAUGACGAGAGUAAUACACGAUCGGAUACAGAUCAUUCUGGUGCGCGUCUUCAAGGUGAUAUGGAGUCGGAAACAGCUGGAUCCCGUCACUCGUCACCAAUACAAUCAGCCUCACACAGUCCCGUACCCUCCACCGCCCAUGAUCGAAACGAGCCCAUGUCUCUUCCCAUUCGAACCUCCUCUUCUGCAGCACCAGCACGCUCAGAUCAACCAGAAUCUACCGGUCAGGGCUCAACGAGAGUGCAGGUGCAGGUGCAAAACAUGCCAAAUCUCAGGGUUAACUGGGCAGACCUUGAAGCUCGAUACAGGGGUGCAUACACGCAUGCAGCCCACGAAGGCGAUCACCAAAGCGAACAAGUUGGAUCUCGCGCAAUGGCACCUCCGCAAGAUACACGGCAUGGCCAUGCCUCAUAUAGACGACGAGAGUCUUCAGGGAGACGGCCGUCGCAAGACGCUGCUCGAGUACAUCGACCAAGAGGUGACGAUGGCGUCACACCUGAGUUUGUGCUCCCUAGAUGGCAGCCAGACGCAGAAGUCACAUACUGUCCCAUUUGUCAUACCCAGUUUAGUUUCUUUGUUCGCAAGAAAUGCGGCCGAGUUGUUUGCGCCACUUGCUCUCCUCAUAGGAUUAUUAUACCGCAUCAGUACAUCGUACGGCAGCCGGGCUCUGACAUAUCGAUGCCAUCGAGUCUCCUUGUCGACGGUAUGGGCGCUGGGUACUUUGACGUAAAUGGAUUAUCAGGAGGCGAGCGCGUACGUCUUUGCAAUCCUUGUGUGCCGGACCCCAACACGGCACCACCCGAGAGCCCGACACCAUCGAUUGGAUCUCCCCGAUCGGCACAUCAUAGAUCUCGUAGCAGUCUGGGCGGCUCUCAUGGAACUACACAUCCAUCUAACAGGUAUGGUGCUGUAUUCACUGGCGGAGACAGUCGGGAUCCGCUGCAAUAUCACUAUGCCAGGGCAAGGAGCAUCACAAUGGUAACUUCUUGGAAACAGAAUCCAUCUGUCCAAAGCUCACCUACUCUUGCCUCAUCCAGUCAUCGUAUGAGUGCACCCCAUGUUCAUCCAUCACACCUAGAGCGGUUCCUUGCCACAGGUUCAUCCAACAUAGCCACAUCCUCCUCAAGACAUAGACACAGCUCAUAUGGGUUCGGAGAAAUCGCAUCUUCAUCUCGACAACGUGCCUUGCCGCCCCCUCCUCAAAUCGCAGAAGAAGACGAAUGUCCCGUUUGUCACCGAGAGCUCCCGGUGCGCUCAUUACCCAACUUUGAAGCCCUUCGUGAAGCACACAUCAACAAGUGUGUCCAAGAUCACAGCACAUAUGGUAGCCCUCGUCCUCCCGAGGGACAAGAAGCAUCAGCACCGCCCGUGGUGCCUCGCCGAACAGGCAUGUACGUUUACCCGGCGACAGAGAAGGAUUGCGUCGACGAUGCAGAGUGUACGAUAUGCUUGGAGGAGUUUAUGGUGGGGAUACCCAUGGCUCGACUGGAGUGUCUUUGUCGAUUCCAUAGAUCUUGCAUUUCGGCUUGGUUUGUUAAUCAUCCGGGCCGGUGCCCGGUUCAUCAGCAUGAUGGAUUCGGGUUCUAG